UCUUUCGGAUUGGAGAACUUGGAAUAUUUUUCUGUUUCGUUUACUGAAAAUUGCAAGCCAAUCGUCAAAAAUGAAACUAUCGCUGCUUCGGACGGCCCGCCUAAAUCCUGCACUGAAGGAGCUACGGCUGCACCUGUGCCAAACCGGUGAAGCAUCCAAGGGAGUACGGGAGUUCAUCAGUACCCAGUAUGCGGGUUUGAAGCGUGAAAAUCCAAAGCUACCGAUUCUGGUUCGCGAAUGCAGCGGAGUUCAGCCACGGCUGUGGGCUAGAUACGAAAUGGGUAAAGAAACGUCCGUUUCGUUGACCAAUGUUGGCGCAGCGGAUGUUGCAAAGCAUAUUGCCGACCUCGGAAAGUAAGACGUGAAUGGUAGAAUAGUUAAAUAAAAUCGCAUAAUUAUACAGACAAAUUGGACAACUAAUUUUUUGAAGAAAAAUUGACCCAGAAUAGAAUUGUUGUUUAGUCAGGUUUAUUCGCUGCUUGUUUACACUAUUACGACGGAGUCCUAAAAAAAUCAAAAU